CAACAAACAAUCAACAUCCUAGACCUGACUAAGCUAUACGAUGCCCUCGCUAAGAAUCCUUUACGAAUUCAUGGUGAAUCAUGGCCUCCUGGAAAAAAAGCCGGAUCAGAGUCUGGAAGUGCCGGGUGGAGUAGCCAAGUCUCAGACAGACAGCGCAUCGACCCAGUCCUUGGACUUUGGGGAUGGCCGUUAUCUCCAUUUGGCAUCCAGGCCAUUAGGGCUUUGCUCUGUUUCUUGCCGGUCAUCCGAUCCCCGCCAGCGCCGUUGAUAGCGACAUACAAUUAUACAUGUCUACCUACAUGCAGGCUAACGGGGUCAAGCACUUAAAUUGACGGCCAUUCCCCCGCCUCGCCAUGGUUUCUGUGCGCAGGCUUCUUCCCGUUCUGUCUCUGCCCUCUCAUCUCCCAAUCUUUCCAGGAGCUCAACGCCAUGGUUGCCCUCAAGGCCCUCAGCUUGGGCCUUCUUGCUUCGCAAGCCUGGGCUGUGCCCACUGCCUCUCACAAGGCCACCUCGACAAGUGCUUCCCCCGCUGCAUCCAGCUCCGCUGUAGCUGCCGCAGCCUCCACAAUAGAGCAAUUGGCCCGCCACGCCUACAAAGUGACGACCGACAAUCUCCCCAGCCGCUCGGAAGACAGCCGGGCCUGCACCCUGGAAACCUUGCGCAUCCGCCGUGACUGGAGGGAUUUCUCCAGGCCGGAAAAGAAGGCCUAUAUCAAGUCCGUCCUUUGUCUGCAGGAUCUGCCCGCUCGCACACCCUCGCAUCUUGCAGCAGGUGCCAAGACUCGAUAUGAUGACUUCCUGGCCACCCAUAUCAACCAGACCUUGGAGAUUCACUACACGGGAACUUUCCUUGCAUGGCACCGGUUCUUCACCUUCGAGUUUGAACAGGCUCUUCGGGACGAGUGCGGAUACCGGGGCGACUUCCCCUACUGGAACUGGGGUGCCGACGCAGACGACAUGGAGCACUCGGAGGUGUUCGAUGGCAGCGACACCUCGAUGUCGGGCAACGGGGCCUACAUUCCCAACCAGAGCGACAUCCACCUGUACCUGGGCGACUACCCGGCGAUUGUGCUUCCCCCGGGCAGCGGCGGCGGCUGUGUGACCAGCGGGCCCUUCCAGAACUACACCGUCAACAUGGGCCCCGCGGCUCUGUCUCUGCCCGGCGGCAACACCUCCUCGGUGGCCAACCCGCUGGACUACAACCCGCGCUGCCUCAAGCGCAGCCUGACCACCGCCAUCUUGCAGCGCUACAACACCUACAUAAAGAUCGCCUCGCUACUCGUCGACAACAACGACAUCUGGGAUUUUGAAAUGACCAUGCAGGGUAUCCCCGGCAGCGGCUCCAUCGGCGUCCACGGCGCUGGCCACUACUCCAUGGGCGGCGACCCCGGCCGUGACGUCUACGUGAGUCCCGGCGACCCCUCGUUCUGGCACCACCACGGCAUGAUCGACCGCGUCUGGUGGAUCUGGCAGAACAUGGACCUGGCGUCGCGUCAGACUGCUAUCUCGGGAACAGGCACCUUCUUGAACGAGCCUGCCUCGGCCAACACCACCCUUGAGACUGUCAUCAACAUUGGGUACGCCAAUGACAGGCCCCGCGCCAUGAAGGAGCUCAUGAGUACCACGGCCGGACUGUUCUGCUACGCAUAUCUCUAGAUAUACACUAUAAUAGUAUAUAGCCCUGGUAGACCAGACAUCUCAUGGAGUAAUAAUGUACUAUAGAUCCUU